AUGCUAAUAGACAACGCCGAAUCAGCUGAAUGUGCCACUCUCACAGCUAUAAUCGGGGAAUCGAUUCAGAAGGAGUUGUCCAGAGUUUUGACCUACGACAGUAAUGUUUUUCGUUCCGGUUUGGAGAAGCUGAACACUUACCGAGUGCGAUUUAAUGGUUCAUAUGGACAACUGGUGUCGCGGGACGAGCUGAUGUGCGGGCUGGGCCGGGUGCGCUUGCGGACGGUGACGGGGCAGGAGAAGGCGCUGGCGCGGCACGGGCUGGCCGCGCCGCCUGACCCGCUCCGGCGCGGGCGCCGCUACUCGACCUGCGCCGUGGUCUCCAGCGCUGGUGCACUGCUCGGCUCCCAUCUAGGACGUUUUAUUGACUCACACGACAUGGUUGUACGUUUCAACAACGCACCUACUGAAAACUACAUCGAAGACGUCGGUUCCAAAACAACUUUUCGUAUCGUAAACUCACAAGUUGUGGCCAAGGCAGAAUACAACUUCCUCGAGGAUUCGUUGUAUAGCAACAUCUCGAUCUUAAUAUGGGAUCCUGCCAAUUAUUCUUCCACCCUGAAUGACUGGUACCGGUCACCUGACUACCCUUUGUUUCAAGUGUAUAAGAGGUUUUUGGAGUUGAAUCCAAAUGCCGAUGUCCACUUAUUGAACCCACAAGUACUAUGGGAAAUAUGGAAUGUGUUACAAAGUUCCGCACCUGCCCGAAUUAGAAAAAACCCACCGUCGUCUGGCUUCAUAGGAAUUUGGUUCGCCCUGCACCGCUGCACGAACGUUCGUGUGUUCGAGUUCGUGCCCAGUUCGCGCGCGUCCGCUCUCUGCCACUACUACUCGCCGCUCAGAGACCGCCACUGCACGCUCGGCUCUUGGCACCCGCUGGCUCAAGAGAAAAUCAUCGCUAAUCGGAUGCGUAAUAACUCGGAUUUCGAAACUUAUCAAAGAGGUUUUAUUAAUAUACCGGGAAUAGAGAAUUUUGACUGCCCAAAUUGAUUUUAGAUGUUAAGGCGCCCACUGACUACUCAGUUAGUCGGGCGGUUACGGCCUGUCAGAUAGAAGUAAAAACAUGGUAAAAACAAUGCUGAUUAACUGACAGGCCAUUGCCGUCGAAGAGAGUAGGUGGUACUCUUACGUUUAAGUAAGCUGAUAUGGAAAGGCUGUUUAGCUUACUAAGCCUGGCCUCUAUUAGUUUAUUAAUAAAUUAGAAAUAUAUCCACUAAGCUCCAAAAUAGAGGGUCGUGCUAUGCUUGAUGUAAAUGAUGCAGAAAUUUGCAAAUCCUACAUGAAGCAUAUUAUAGCACGACCCUCUAAUUUGAUACUUUGUUUGCGCUUAGGAUGACUGGGCAAAAUUACAUGAAUGCCAAGUUGAUAUUGUUAGGUAUUGUUAAGACUGGCUAGGACUUAAAUAUUUAAUAUUGGUACUUAACUGAAGUACUUAAGUACAUAAUUAUGUGUUAAUAUUUAAAUAUGCUAAUUUUAAAAUUGGAGCUAAGUGUGAUAUCAUAAAUACCAGUCUGAAAAUAUUGACGCGUCAUGUACAGACACUUUCACACUUUGCUCUCAACACUGAGAGCCUACCGCGAAAACCACUUCUUUUUGCACUUCUUUGCUUACCAACUAAAAAUAAGGUUUACGGUACUCCUGGCGAAAAUACGUACAUUUAAAAGAAGUAGUAACGUUGUUACACAAAUACAAAUGUGCACAGAUUGAUUUGAAAAGGACAAUAUCGACACUACAGUUUUGGCUUUUCUUAAGUAAUUUCUACUCUUUGUUGCCAGCCUGUUGUAGGUCUUAAUGAGACCAGACAUAUAUGACUACGCUCCAUGUUGCGGAAUUUCAUCAGAACUAAUUUCUUCAUACUAAACUGAACUUUCACCCCAUACAUCAAAAUAACAGCACAGCACCCUCCUGACAAUAGUCAUAUAUUUCUGGUCAAGCUUUAGGUAAAAGAGAAGUAAAUGUCAUAGGUAUUAGCUAUGACUAGUACACCUACUCUAUAACAAACCAAGUGAACUGAAAAUGUGUUUCCUUUUUGGAUGAAUGUCAAUAAUAAAUG